AUGGCCACUCAGCAACGUUUGUAUAGUAGCACACGUGCUGUAUUCGAGUCGGUGGCACACCUGUCCUCGUCGUGCAAGCAUCAUAUCAAGAACCCCGACGACAAGACGGCGUAUGCCAACGUCAUUGAGACGGCUGGCCACUUGCAGUCGCUCACACAGAGCAUGUCGGUCGAUGCCGGCAAGAUUGCCAGUAUCGUGGCAUUGCGUGACUGCUCCAAAGACAUGAUCAGCUACGUGUCGGCGUUGAUGGGUGCUGCUAGAGCAUCGUCCUCUCACUUGCCCGACGCCAACAGCAUGUCGCUCAACAAGGCCUCCAAGGAGGUCAGCGACGCACUCGCCAAGCUCAUGGUCGGUAUCAAGCGUGUCGGCGCCGACCCCAAGUCGGAAAAGAUGCAGCUCGAGCUCCUCGAACUCUCGCAAAAGCAGUCGCUCCCACCCAUGAACCUCGUGUCGACCAGCAAGCGUCUUGCACCCAAGAUUGGCGACGCCAACCAAAAGCAGACGCUCGUGUACGCAUCCGACGCUGCAUCGCAGGCCGUCCAGCGUCUCAUGAAGACGUGCGAGACCUACAAAAAGAUCUGCGGACACGCCGAAAUUGAAGAGUCGCUCGAGGCAUUUGACUCGACCAUCUCGGAGCUCGAGACACUCGAGAUUGCCAUCCAAGGUGGCUUUGUCGAGACCAUUCCAGGCCAGACACGCGAGAACAGCACUGAAAUGCUGAUGAUUGCCAUCAAAGACCUGAACCGCGUCAAUGCCGAGCUGACCACCGAGAUCCGCACCAACCCUGCUCGUCUCGCAGACCUCGUCAAGGCCAGUACGUCGACUGCCAACCAAGUCGCCAUGGCUGGACGUGCAUUGAUCUCAACGACCGUUGGAAAGGCACCACAAAAGAAGCUGCUCGCCACUGUCAAGCAACUGACCAUUGACAUGCAGCAGUUGGUGCGUGCCAGUCGCUCGAUUGCGACCAAUCCAGGUGACCCUGCCGCCGAGCUAUUGUUGGAUGCUGCCAGCGAGGAUGUCGGCUCGACUGUCGCCAGUUUAGUUGCUGCUAGCUCGCAUAUUGAUUGCAAGGAGUUGGAUGAGGCGUCGGUUGAUAUCGGCAACCUCCUCACCAAGCUCAGCAGCGCCGCUCACCACGGAUCGAGUAACGAGUCAAUUGGAGAGUACCAAGAAGAGUUGUCGUCUGUCAGCAAGGCACUCAAUGCCUCUGUCCUCCAGAUCAUUGCCAUGGCAAGAUCCAAGAAUCUCAAGGGUCUUGGUGCAAGCAGCAAGAUCACCUCAUCGACGGUCCAGUCGAUGGUCAACUGUGCCAACAAGGUCGUUCAAUGCGGCGACUGUACCGAACAAACACAAAGCUCGCUCAUCUCCAAUACUGGACAGUUGUGUCAUCAGUUGGUCACUCUCUUGGACUAUGCCAAGGCUCGUGUAGCCAACUCUAAAGAUCCAGUUUAUGAUCAACAACUAUUGCAAUGUGCAAAGCUUGUCGAAGACACUUCCAACAAGCUCAACCGUGCACUUGGUGGUGGCGGUAUGAGUGUCUGCGACGAGUCGAUUGAUGUGAUUAUCGAAGCAACACGUCUACUCGACACACUCAUUAUGCCAGAGGUUGGUGAGGGUAUUGUACUUGGAGGUGGUGUGUUUGAAAUGGCUCACCAACAAUCUCUUAUUGCACUCACCUCGUCGGCCAAAGAUCUCGGUCGAUGCAGUGGUGAUAUUGUCUCGAGUGCCCGUGUGAUGGGUAACUCUGAGGCAUUGAUGGGUAGCGCGAUGAAGGCAGCUCAUAUCAUCAAGGAUAUUGUCAACUCGACAAGAUCUGUCUUGCGUACCACCAUGUCAUCUGCCGCACCCGAUAUUCUUAUUCCAAGCAAACAGAUCCUUGAUUCGGCCGCACUUAUCCGUGCUUCGUCGGCUGGAUCAGCUGAAGGUCUACCACAAGUUAUCCAAGCUGCACGUACUAUUGCUACAGCCACCACCCAGAUCUUUGCAGUCACCAAGGACCGUAUGAAGGAACAAGGUGAGGACGAAGAGUCGGGUCGCAGCGAGAUGGUUCAAACUACCCAAACACUCGCACACGCCACCUCUAAUCUUGCACGUGGUGUCAAGGCUGUCACGUCCAAGGAACCCAACGGACAAGAGAUCCUCGAUCAGUCAAUUAGAGAGUUGGAAGAGUCGACAUCAUCGUUGUUGAUGUGCUCGAGCAGCAGGGGAUCUGGCGGCGCCAAGGACUUUGCCCGUCUCUUGCAAGCAUGUCGUGCAGUCUCUUCGACAACACUCAAUGUCAUUCAUUCGGCCAGCGAAGCCAACAUGAAGCCCAAGGAAAGCGAGGUGCAGUCACGUGUCAACGACGCUGCCAUUAGCAUGUCGACCGCCAUCAAGGAUGUGCUCAAGGUUGGUGCUGGUAUGAUGCCAGGUGUAUUGUUGUGCGAGGAAGCUAUCGAUGUUGUUCAAAAGUCGAUUGGUGACUUGUCAACCAUGGCAUUGUCUGUGGCCGUCGGUCAGACCUUUGACAACAACCAAGGUGUGUCGCAUGUUGCUGCACAAGAGUCAAUGGUCGAUAUUGUAAAGUCGAUUGGUCGUGGUAUCAACGAGCUCGGCAAGGCAUCCCGUCAAUCACCCGAGCAGAUUGGUAUCACUGCCCGUGCACUUGCCUUUACCACCCCUACACUCGUCCAAGCUACCCGUACCAGUCUCUCAACACUCACCGAGGAGCAACAAGACUCGCAGAGCAAGUUAGUCAAUGAAAGCAAGUCGCUCGGAGACAGUUUACUCAAGUUGUGUCAAGCUUCACUUGGCGCUAGUACCGCACCCGGCAAAGAGACAUACCAAACGAUUCUCACACGUUGUGCCGAUGCAUCCGACGCAAUGAACCGUCUCGUCGCCCAGAUUUCAUCAGGUGUCAACUUGCACCGUGAUCUCGAUGAAGUACUUGAAAGUAUCAAACACUCAUUGGCCAAUCUUGCCAAAGACCACCCCGCACCCAAACAACAACAAGACCAAAAGAACUACCAAGACUACAAGGAUGAUAUUACCACAUCGACCAAGGAUCUGGCCAUAUCACUCAAGGGUCUCAUUGCCACCGAUCAAAGCAACCUUGUCCAAAUCUCUACAGUAUGCAAGGAUAUUGCAUCAUUGGUUGGAUCCAUCUCGGGCAACGUUGUACAUGUUGUCGGUACUAGCGGCGACCAAAAGAUCAAGGACGCUAUCCUCACCAAUGCCAAGCAAGUCAUUGCAUCCACCUCGACUAUUGUAGAGAUUUCCAAGCAGUUGUCUGAAGGCAGAACACAAUCAUCUGUCACACACGGCGAAGCAUUCAAGAGUGCAUCGGACGGUAUCACUCGUUUCCUCCAAGCCAUCAAACAAGGUGCUAUUGGUGAAAUCCAAAGUGACGCUGCCGUUGAAUCGAUUAAAAAGAUUAUUCGUGAUAUUGACGCAUCCUCUCUCUUUGCUGCCGCCGGUCAACUCGAGUCAACCGCCGCAUCAGGCAACACAUCCCAAGCCAAACAAAACAGACUCAAAUCACUCCAAAAGGAUAUUGUCACUGGUGCCAAAUUACUCAUUGUCAGUGGGUCACAGUUGGUCGGUUCGAGCAAGGGUAGCCAAGAACACCUCGGUUCUGCCACCACCAAAUUUGCCGAGAUGGUCAGUCACCUCGCUAUGGGUGCCAAGGAGAUUGCCAGUAUCCUCAGCGAUACUGCCUCACAACAAGACAUUUUGUCUGCCAGCAAAGCAUUGUCCAUCUCAUCUCAACAACUAGUGUUGGCUGGAAAAGACGCACAACGUUUCAAAAAGGAUAGUACUGCCUUUAGAUCUCUUGGAAAGGCUGCUGAAGGUGUAGCUGAAGCAGUUGGUCAAUUCAUAUCAAGCAUUUACUUUGCCAUUAGUGAAGCUGGAAAGGGACUCAAGGAACUUGAAAAGGCUCAUCUUGUCAUCAACUCGUUUGUUGAGAGACCCGACACUGUCAUUACCAACCACAAGACAUCGGCCGAGCAAGUCGUCACUUGUAUCCGUGAGGUUGCCAAGUCGUCAAUUGAAAUUGUCACUUCGUACCAAAUGACCCAAGACGACCUCGUCAAGUCGUCGCAAGCACUUGUCACGGCCGUGCAAUCGCUCAUCUCCAACAGCAAGGGUGCCACACAGCUCCUCGACAAGGAGGACGACAAGGCCGCCCUCACUGACGGCGUCAAACAACUCAACCUCAGUAUUCUCGACCUCAUUACCAAUGUCAGAGAGCAAGAUAAAGAAGGUCACGCCAACGGAGCCAAAAUGGUCUCAGAGACAAGUAGACUGGUUUCAGACAAUGUCCGUACGUUGAUGCGAUCGGCCAAGACCAUCCCAGGUGGUGAAGACAUUGUAUUGGAGGACGACCAGGUCGAAGAGGACCUCGAACUCAGUGCCGAGAAUGAACUCAAUGCCUUGACCAAGGCUAUCGAAGAUGCCACCAAGCAAUUGGUUGCUAGUCGUCCAUCGACCACUAAAAAGGCCGCUGGUGUCCCAUUGGACGCUACUGAUGUCGCCGGUAUCAUUGUUGAUGCUUCUAGUAGCAUUGCCGUUGCCGUUGCCAAGCUCGUUCAAAUGGCUGCCGUCUCACAAGGUAAACGUCGUCAAGAACAACAACGUCUUGGGUCUCACUACAAACAAGAUCCAACUUGGUCGAAUGGAUUAAUCUCUGCUGCCAAGUCGGUUGGUGGAGCUGUCCAAAUGAUGAUCAACGCUGCCAUUAAAUCAACACAAGGAAAGGCCGAAGAGGAGGAAUUGAUCGCCACUGCCAGAGAGGUUGCUGCCUCUACCGCCCGUCUCGUCUCUGCUUCCCGUGCCAAAUCUGGUGAUGACCAAGCUAGCAAGCAAGCCCACCAAACACUCAUGGCCGCUGCCAAGGCUGUCACUUCUGCCAUUUCAAAAUUAUUCGAGGCUGCCAAACAAGCCACCGCCCUCCAAGAAGAAGAAGAGGAACAAGAACAAGAAAUCUUUAACUUUACCGGUUCAAAGAUCAAGGAAUUGGAACAACAAAUGAAGAUUCUUCGUUUGGAAAAGGAAUUAAAUCAAGAAAGAAAACGUUUAUUAACUUCAAGAAAACAAUCUUAUCAAACAAACAAAUAA